AUGUGUAUACGAAAAUUCCAUACAAUCCAGAACGGUUCAUUUUUUCAAAGAAUUGAGGUACCAUCACCGUUGCGAUGUGCGGAACGAUGCAUUGAUCAUAUUGAACAUUGCAAAGCUGCAUUGUUCAUCCCCGAAGAAAAUGAGAAUAGAGGUUCCUGUCAAUUGUAUGAUGCAAAUUCGAAUUCCAGUGGCAACGAUAUUACACUGAAUAUUUCUUUAAGUCCAAUAAGUACAGUAUUCGAAGUUCUUGAUAAAUGUCUGGCAACAAAUGGUGGCGUAAAUUCCGGAAGUGGUUUGUUGGAAACGAUAAAAUUAGAAUUAAAGCAGAAACUUGAAUCAUGGUCUGAUUCAGAACCGCCAUCUUCGCUAACAGCAGUGCAACGUUCUAAAAAUGACAGGUCCACCAGAAAGAGAACGAGUGGACCGGACAGACAAGUAAUUGGUGGGUUAGUGUCAUUGGCUAAAAAUGAUUUGAAUCCUUCGUCUUCAUCUUACGCCAACAAACGAUUACCGUAUGCAAAUCAUCACUCAUCUACUUUACUGCAAACAUCCAAUACCAACAACAAUUAUUUACCAAAACAGGGUUACUCGCUUCCAACCAAUGGAAUAGCGCUUCCACCACCGAUUAAACCGGUUUCUGUAAGCCAUGGUCGACAAGAAGCAGUUUAUAGUAGAUGUCAAGGAGCAAAUUGUUACGCACCAUCAAUAGCUUACCUCCAAAAAACGGGCAGCAGCUGGCCAUGUUCAGCUUAUUCCCCACCUUGCGAGCCGAAAAGACCUGAUCCUUGCUUUGCUAUAUGCCCGCAAGGAACCAUUGUUUCUCCCAAUUCAAUGCCCAAAACAACAUUGUUCAAUGAGGAAUGGUCAGGUAGCUAUGUCAACAAACAACAACCAUCCAAUGAACCUAAACAAAAUGAAGAACUUUUCAAAUCGCAAGAUGUAUCUCUUAGUCCGAUACAAUCACUGUCAACACAAGUGCAACCUACAGAGAGUAUGAUCAUUUCCUGGUCAGAAUGGUCACCACAAACUUCAUGUUCGGUUACUUGUGGGAUAGGCAUCACCACGCGGAGACGAUUUUGCUCAGUCGAUGGACAAUGUUCAGGUGAAUCUAUAAAAGAAGAACUGUGCAGUAAUGGUCUAUGUCCGGAAUGGAGGCCUUGGUCAGAAUGGACUGCAUGUUCGCGAAGUUGUGAUGGUGGUGAGCGAUCGCGUUCGCGUAUCUGCUCUGUUAGUCAACAGUGUAAUGGUCCUUCCUUGAGCAUUGAAGUAUGCAAUGUGGAAAAGUGUGCGCAAUGGUCAACAUGGAGCAAUUGGGAAUUAUGCUCUGUAACUUGUGGAAACGGACAACAAGUAAGACGAAGGCAAUGUGUGGGCGGUAAUGGAUGUAUUGGUGAAAAUCUUGAGAAGAAGACAUGCAAACAACAUCUUUGCCCAUCUUGGUCUAUUUGGGAAGCGUGGAGUGCGUGCAGCGUAAGCUGCGGUAAUGGACAUAGGCAUCGAACAAGGAUUUGCUAUGGCAGCAAAAACUGUACCGGCGAUGCAAAAGAGCAUGAAGUAUGCAUAAGGAAUUCCUGCCCACAGUGGACCGAGUGGUCUUCUUGGACACAAUGCACUGAAACCUGCGGUACAAAAGGAACUAAACUUCGUUUAAGGACCUGCAUGAAAGACAAUUUGAUAAGUUCGCUCUGUGAUGGUGCAGCACAAGACCAAAUGACAUGCAAAGACCUCCCAGAAUGUCCUAGCUGGAUUUCAUGGAGUUCCUGGUCAACAUGUAGUGCCACUUGUGGACAUGGUCAAGAAAAUAGACAACGAUCUUGCCUUCCGAUAGGCACGAAAUGCAUCGGUGCCGAGCGCGAGUUUCGAUUUUGUCAAGAAUCGGUAUGCCCUUACUGGGAUGAAUGGUCCUCAUGGAGUGACUGCUCUGUCACCUGUGGUUCUGGAACUCGUGAACGACGAAGAAAAUGUAUGAAAGACGAUUUAAUUAAAGCGGUUACCAAAGAAGGCUUCUCUCCGGAAGAUAUAGCAAAGAGCAUCAAAAAAGUUAUCCUUCUUUAUAAGAGUGAUUGGUUUGCAGAUGAUCAAGGUGAUAUUAGGAUGCGGAUGAAUACUACGCAGCGCAGUAACAAUAACAAUCUGUUUACGUCAACUGUGAGCACCAUAGAAAAAGGAGCAAUAAAAGAACCAAAACGAGUCCUGGUAAACCGAAAUAUGAAACAAUUGCAUACUUCCAGGUUGACGGGAUUAUUUCCGUGGUUAAAGUUAUUCGAGACAAUGACAAUUGCAGUGGAAAUGCUGUUGACAGGAAACAGUGUGAAGCAGGCCUUUGUUGUAAGCUCUCAGAGUGGACAACGUGGACUGUCUGCAGCGUAA